AUGGAUUACGACUACCGGGGAAUGGACACCGACGACUCGGGUCCGCGCAUCAACAUCAGCGAGACGACCCCCAUCUCGGCCAAGUUCGUUCUCAGCAACACCACCUUGUCUCUGGCCAACAGCAUCCGCCGCACCAUGCACGCCGAAGUACCCACCCUAGCCAUCGAUCUGGUCGAAGUUUCAUCAAACACUUCCGUCCUGGCCGACGAGUUCUUGGCCCACCGCCUCGGUCUGAUCCCUUUGUCGGCAAAGAAUAUUGACGAUUUGCUCUACACACGCGAUUGCGACUGCGAUCAAUACUGUGAAAACUGCGCCGUCGUCUUGUCUCUCAACGCCGCCAACCGCAACUCCGACGAUGUUGUCAAGGUCUUUGCCAGAGAUCUAGUCAUCGACCCUUCAUUCAGCCAAUACCGCGCAAACACCGAUACCGACGGCCCCCAGCGUGGUGCUCCUGUUGUUAUGGAUCCCGAUGGCAACGGCCCUCUCAUUUGCAAGCUGCGCCGCAACCAGGAACUCAAGCUCCGCUGUAUCGCAAAGAAGGGAAUCGCGAAAGAACACGCAAAGUGGAUGCCGACAGCCGCCAUCUCUUUCGAGUACGACCCACACAACGCCCUGCGUCACGCCGACCUGUGGUACGAGAGUGACAAGCUGGAAGAGUGGCCACCAAGCAAGAAUGCCGAGUGGGAAGAGCCGCCGCAGGAAGGUGACGCCUUCGACUACGACAAGGAGCCUGAUCGUUUCUAUGUCGACAUUGAAGGCACCGGCGUCAUGCCCCCAGACACUGUCUUCCACACCGCUAUCAAGGUUCUGCAACAAAAGCUUGCGACCGUCAUUCAAGAGCUCUCUCCCAACCUACAACAAGCACAUCAACAAGAUCUCGCUCAACCACCACAAAGUCCCGAUAUGAUGGACAUGACCGGUUCCGCUACAGCUUACAACAACACAACUGCAUACGGCGCUGGCUCGGUUUAUGGAGGUGGUUUCGGCGGUGGCAACACCAGUGCUUGGGGCGGCGGCGCUGGUGCUGUCCCUGGAGGAACGACACCCUACGGCGCAACUCCUUACGGCCAAAACGGCUGGUAG